ACACCUACACCAUGCUUAUGUGGAAUAACGAAAUGCCAAUCAGACAAAAGUCUCAACAUUCAUGUAUUAAAAAAAAAACAAGACCCUCAGCUCCAGCACAAAUAUACCUGAGCACACCUUGGCCAAUCACCUCGCAUGCAGUAUUCCACAAGCACUCAACAGCUGGUAGCCUAGGCCACAACAUUCAUAACUGGCAAGUUGUGCUGUAAUGAAUCAUUACAUUAUCAGCUUUGCUCCAAAAUAUUUAAAUAGGCCACUACUGUGUAAACUGAGACACGGUGCGAGUUGGCAACGAACAACAUACAUAUGACUAGCCCAGAGGCAUCUGAAAUUACUUGAACACAACCUGAUCCUCCGACCGCCAUCCCCAAUACUGCGCCACAAUUCAAGUGUUUUGCGGAUUUUGCGACUGAGAAAUGUGAUUACACUUAAUCGCCACAAACAAACCAAAGAUGCCGCUAGCACAGCACUGCUAACUUUUGGUACAACAUCCUAAAUCUGGUGUUAAUUCUGAUUCUGGUAUACUUGUAGUAUGUGUCGAUACCUACUAGUCAAAACUUUGGAGUACCCGGUGUUGUAUUGCGCCUGAUGAUCGAACGGAACCGCCACUGUGCAUUAGCUGAUAGGUAGGUAGGUGGAGUGACGAACGUGGAGUGCCUGUGUCAGUAACGGAGGUGUGGUGGUUCACCAGUAAAGGAAUUCCCCGCGGUGCCCGCCCUUCCUGCCAAGCACUGCAAGUUGCCAUGCAGCCUCUGAUGAGCUCGGUUCAUGCCAGUGGGAACGGCAUGGAGGUGGGCGCCACGUCAGUUCAGGACCCCAGCUGUUCACUGUUGGUUCCGGCCGAGCAGCAGAUGUUGAAAAUAAUCACGGACCAACGCUCCCAGGGCGCCUCGCUGUCUGAAAUCCUUGGCGACCUUGAACUGACCUCUGGUGCUGACAAGCCAAUCUUUCGAUUGGCUCCGUCACUGGAUGAGCAGCCGCGCACCCGCCGCCUGACGCCGCCAGCCGGCGCUGCAGCGCGUGAAGCCCGAUUCGUGCCGUACGAGCCGUACGCUGGCUGUGUGUCGCCGCUGGCACCGCCGGAGGAGCUGGCCGCGCCCGCCGCCAGCGCCGGCCUCAGCCCGGCCCGACCGCCGGUAGCGGCGGAGCAGCGGCAGACGGACGCCCAGCUGAAGCUGCUCCAACGCGAGAAGGAGCAGCUGCAGCAGCAGCUGAACGUCUCUAUGGAGGUGACGUCGGAGCUGAAGAAGCUGCUGGUGGCCUCGAUCGGUGAGGACAUCGAGUCGCGCCUCCACCUGCUGACCGAGGACAAGGCGCACCUGGCGCAGCUGGUGCGCACCUUCUCGGCGGAGGCGGCCGAGCAGGGCGAGGGGCGCGACCAACUUUCCAUCCAGUGCGACGUCUGGCGCUCCAAGUUCAUGGCCUGCAGCCUGAUGGUGGACGAGCUGGCCGGCUGGAAGGCAGUGCUGGGUCGCCGGUGCCGGGAGGCCGAGGCGUCGCUGCGCGCGAUGCUCGCCGAGCGCCGCCAGACAACUUACCUGCUGGAGACGGCCGCCAGGUGCCUGGCGACGUUGCGAGACGCGUUCGACCCGCUGGCGGCCCAGGCGGCCGGCGCC